ACUGAGCUGAGCGGUCGCAAUUUGGAAGUGAUUCUUGUGCGGUGAUCUUGUCGGUAGUUAUAUUCACAGUGUUUGCCACCUGUCUGUUCUUGGAGUGCUAUUGGUGGGAUCAAAGUGUGAAAGUGCUCUGGUUAGCGAAAAAAAAGAGAGAAUAUAUUACAGCGUAAAGCCCGCCGAGGGCAAUUCCAGGAGAGCAGUCAAAUUCUGCACAAAGCGAUUUGGUAGUUUCUAAAGAUUUUUUUCAUUUGAUAAUUGUACACCGAGAAAGCAAAUUUGGAGUAAUUCAAUUUUGUUCAAGUGGGAGCGAGAGAUUCGUCAUCGAUUGUCUUUUGUGUGGAAGAUAUUUUUUCCCUGCGUGCUAUCAGUAUCAAAUUAUAAAGUGAAAGUAAGCUUUUCGCCUGAAACCUACCUGAAUUCAAGAAAGAUAACUAGUACUGAUUGCGGCGGAUUUAUAAUUAAAAUACUUUGAUUGAUGAGUUAGCUGGUUGCUGUAAAUGAUGUGCUAACGUAAAAGUUUUAAACAGAGUGUGAUAGAAUUUUCCGUACCCGUGAAAAGGAUAUUUUGACUGCUUGCAAGCUGCGUAACGUAUAUCAGUCGAGGCUCGGAGCGAACUUCGUCUCGUAAAACAUUGGAAAAAUAUAAAAAGUUGAACGCUGUCAGCAAUUUCGAACAACGCACAGCCAAAUUGCAUUCACGACUGACGGCACAGCAGCAGAAAUCGGCCAGCCAAUGGAAAACAAAUAAUUCGUGUGACAAUUGCGUGAGUGUGCACAUGUGGGUAUAAUCUUGUGUGAAGAAUGAUGAUACGGUGUCUGCAUUUAAUGGAAAAAUAAUAAUUAUCGUUUCGCGACAUAAUUACAUCGUAACAGCGCGAUUCCGCUCGAACAACAAUGCUGAACAGUGCCGGAAGGAAGGUGUAAGAAAAAAAUCGCUUGGGAAAUUCAUGCACUGAAUUGAAACAGAACGAAACUAGUCGAAAAAGCUGCUCCACAGGCGGUUGCUAAAUUGCUCACCCUCCGCGAACUACAAAACACGCGUUCAAGCGAAAGCAACGCGUGAAACGGGAUAGGAGAGAAAAGUUGUAUCCUCGUAGCUUUGUGUCUGAUCCGUAUUGUGGCGUAUGAGAUUUCUGCCAGCCCGAUAGAGCAACUCAUCGUUCCAGCACCGGUGUCCCAGGAAAGCCUUUCAACAUUCCGCUUUUCCAAUUAAAUGUUAUGCCGGCCGCGACCAUGUUUUCCAAGUUCAAAAGCAGCAGCACGAGCGCCCCGCCGCCCAACCCGUACGAUAACAAUCCGAUUACGCAGUACUUUGAAAUUGGAAAACAGGUCGCUUGCGCCGGCCCGGAACUGGUGUGGAAAAUUCACGAGGGCUACCGGAAGACGGACGGAAAGGAAUGUUCAAUAUUUGUGUUUGAGAAGCGUACCGCAGAGAAAUUACACAAACCCAAACGGAAAGACAUGGUAACGGAGAUCCUGCGGGCAUCCGUUAAGCAGUUGGAACGUUUUCGGCAUCCGAAGAUCCUGCAAAUAAUGCAUACCGUCGAGGAAAGCUCGGAAACUCUCUCGUUUGCUACCGAACCAGUCAUCGCCAGUCUAGCGAACGUUUUAGCAUAUCAGGAAAGUGCCGGCAUGGUUCCUGGACCACCAAGCACUGGAGCAUCACAACAGCUGCAGAAUAGUUCUCCUUCCAACCGGCCAACGCAUGCCAAAGAGUACACUUUUCUGGACAUUGAACUAAAAUACGGAAUAUUACAGAUAACGGAAGCACUCUCGUUCCUGCACUACUCCGGUCAGCUGAUACACCGGAACGUGUGUCCAUCGUCAAUUCUAAUCACGAAAAAGGGCACCUGGAAGUUGGCCGGUUUCGAAUUCACCGAGCGAGUCAACGAAACCGACGCAACGGAUCCGGUCCCUUGCCAGUCCUGGUCGACCAGAACAUCAAAAAUGGUGCAACCUAAUCUGGAUUACAUGGCGCCCGAGAAUCAAAUCAACUCAAACUGCAGCAUAUUGAGCGACAUGUUCUCGCUCGGUAUGGUGAUAUGUGCAAUUUUCAAUCACGGGAGACCGUUAAUACAGUCGGGGAAUUCACCACCUGCGUAUCUAAAGCAGAUGGAGAUGCUAGACGAGGCGGUACACAACAUCCUGCCCCGGAUACCAAUUCCCCUGCAGGAGGCCACCACCCGAUUGCUGAAAAAGUCCCCGGGAGCCAGGCCGACAGCCCAGCUGUUGACACUCAUCAAGUACUUUAGCGACCCAGCGGUUCAGGCAUUGCAAUUUCUGGACGUCAUCAACAUGAAGGAUCCCACCCAGAAGACCCAUUUCUAUCGGAGUACUCUGCGAGAAGUGCUUCCAUUCGUCCCACGGAAAUUAUGGUGGCAGCACAUCUGGCCUAAUUUGCAGCAGGAAAUGCGUGCUGAUGAAGUGCUAGCCGCGGUACUGCAGCCCGCUCUAACAUUGGUCCAAGAAUCUUCUAACUCCGAAUACGAAGCAAUCAUUUUACCAACCUUCAAGACUGUUUUUGUAGCCCCUAAGUCUAUACAGGCAACCGUAGCGUUACUAGAGAACUUACACAUAAUCCUAGAGAAAACACCACGAGACGACAUUAGGACGGAGGUGCUACCGUUGCUGUUCAAUGCGCUCGAAAGUACAACGAUACAGGUGCAGAGUGCCGCACUGGUGGCGGUGACGAACGUGUACGACUAUCUGGACGAUAUCACAAUCAAGAAACUGGUGCUGCCGAAGCUGAAAUCGGUGUUCGAGAAAAACCAAAGCGAUCUCAAGAUCAUGGGCAACGUGCUGCAGUGUGUCGAAAGGACGCUGGAUAAACUCGACAAGUCGCAGAUUAUAGACGAAGUGCUGCCAUUGCUGCUCGAGGUUAGGUUGACGGAUCCGGACAUCAUAGUACGAGUCGCUAAUAUCUACCGAAUUAUGCUUUGUGAUAAGAAGUACGGUCUUACGGUGAACAUCAUGGCCACUAAAGUGAUGCCCACUCUUCUGCCGCAGACUGUCAACCCUUCACUUAACCUGGAGCAGUUCAUGAUCCUUUUAGAGGUAUUGCAGGAAAUGCUUGACCAAAUUGACAGACACCAGCGCAACAAGUUGAAGUUGGAUAACCUGUCGCUGCCAUCCCCCGACCGGCACCGGCCAUUGCGCCAUCAAUUCUCCUCCGACAAUAUGAACGUACAGCAGUUUAACAUCCCUAACUUGCGAAUCGACCAGCGAAAGACUUCCAGUGCCGAGGACAUGGCACGGAAGAACUCUACAGGUACCCGAAGAGGUUCGGGUGCUCUAGGUAGCUGGUGGUUCGGUGGAUCGCCUUCCUCCCCAGACAGUAACUUCCUGCGGGUGGUCAAUGCCUUCCCCAACCGACGCCUAUCGGACAAUACGCUCAUGACACCAAAGAUACGAAUUGCACCAUCGUGCGCAUCCUCGCCGGGUGGUACUCCGGGUGGUGGUUUACCUAUCCGGCGUCAUUCCAGUAUUGGUCCGCAGGAGAGACGAAGUUCUAAUAUUAAUUUAUCACCACCAACCGGCUUCAGCGCACGUGGCGGCUCCGGUUCGAGUCUUUCAGUGCCUGCCACUUCCGCUUCUUACGUACUUUCACGGAGCAUGAUCGGCGGCUCGAUGCCAAAUACGUCUAGUAGCGUGCCGUUCCUGCUCUCGUCCAGCAUGCAAUCGAUCCGCAGCCGCCGCACCUCGACGGUGCUCACCUCUGGCCCGCUCGGGUCCGGAUCGGGGCUGCUGCAGCAGCUCGGUUCCGGCAUGGUAAGACAACUGACUGGUUACGGUGGUGGCUCCGGUGCCGCAAGUCCGGUUCAACAGUCUCUUUUCAAUGGAAAUUCUAGUAGUCAAACUCGAAGCAAUUAUCGGCAAUUGUACACCCUAAUGACCAAAGAUAGAUUUGGCUGUCCGCCAACGGCACCAGCGCCCGGGACAGCAGCAACAGCACCGCCACAAAUCACUGCAACCAGUAGCAAUAGCAUCAGUGUGUGCACUGCACCCGUCGCUCCCGGCUCAGCAUCCCCCGUGAUAGCCGUGCAACCAGUUGCCACUAGUUUAAGUAACAGCCUGAACGCCCUCAAUCAGCAGCCUUCGAAACCACCGCGAGGGUCGCUACAACUGUUCGCCUCCAAUACUAGUACUUCCUCCUCUACCAUCUACGUCGGCACAAUAAGUAAUACUGCCCGGAAGUCACCAAUUGGAGGGUGUGCUAAACGUUGAAAUUUAGUAGAUUAUGAGUUUGGUAUCGCAAGUAUUGCAAUCUGGAGGGUCUCAUAAUCUAAUCUAUACUUUUCUAAUCUAUCAUGAGCUUUUAGUUGGCUUGCAAACUAUGGCGAAUGAAAUUUGGUUUGCAUGACGCAAGCACCUGCAGAUUAGUAGCAAUUUAGAAAUCAUCCUCCUUCACAUUUCAUGGGCAUACCUAAAAAAUAACAAAACAGAAACAACAAUAAAUGGACAACAGUCAAUCAAAUAGUAUUUAUUUUAAGUGACCAUUUAGAAACAAAUAGAAAAACAAACAAAACAGAUCAAUGUUCAAUGUUGACAGAAAACGUAAUAUUUUAAUAACAGAUUUUAUCACAGUAUUGUACGGGCAGGAACCCAGCACACAGAUACUAGUUGUUUAUAUAUUGUGAACAAAAAAAACGGAAUAUUGAACAAAUCACAACCGUAUAUAUGUUCAUUGCUUCAGCAAGCGGUGCACUCGUAUUGUAAAGAGCGAAAAAAAAGUCGUACAAUCAUAAAAUGAUACGAGCACAGCAAAAAAAAGCUGUCACGCAGGCCGUGAAUCAUGCGUUAUAAUACUCCAUACAAUAAAAAAGGAACAGGAUUUUAUUAUUUCGGACAAUUUCGCUAUGCCAGUCUGCGAUAGCUCCUAAAAUGAUUUUAGCAGUUAUUUUAUUUUUUUGACAUUUCAAAUUAACCUUCUCCAAUUUGGAGCUUUAGCUACCAUCUCAACUAUUAGUUUUCGACCAGCUAAAGCUACUUUCCGCAGCCCUAACACUGAACGGCUGAACGCAUUCUCACAAACAUUUCUGCAGCACAUGUAUUGUUUACUCAAACCUUUGCGCUUCAGUUCAUCGAAAUGAAUCGGACUGUACAGCGAAAAUAUUUCAUACAUUUUCGAUGCAUGAACGCACAAAAAAUAAUAUUCUAGUACACACAACUGAGAGUGCAAAUAACUCGUUUUUUUUACCCAUUGAUCGAUAUACAAGUAUCGAUUGGUGUUCUACAUGCACACGCACUGAACAAAAAGUGUGAAUUAAGGUAUUUGUAUUGUUGCUCGCGAACCGUUUUGCAUUAAUGAAAACAAGCCAGCAUAAUUGAAGCAGAUUUAUUUUACAUACGCAAAAAAAAUGUUGCCGCAUUACGUAGCUUACAAAACGCACUUCAGGGAGCGGGGGCCUAGUGUGGUUGGUAACGUCUCCGCCAACCACACUCGACGCCUGGGUUCGAAUCCCACCGCCGACAUAGGUGUCGAUGGUUGUGAGGUGGCGUGAUCCACUCACAACCAACCCAACUGGUCUAGAUUCAAUUCUAGCCGACACCGGGAGAUUUUCUGAGGCGAAAAAUCUCUGGGAUCACGCCUUCCAUCGCAUGAGGAAGUAAAGCCGUUGGCGCCGGUCCGUUAAUAAACGGGUCGUGAGUUAGGGACCUGGGUGUGGAGUCGCCUCCUUGGGCGUCGGUAAUUGGCCACAACAGUGGCGGAAAUAGACCGACGGAAAAUAAGCGAGAAUAAAAAAAAAAACGCACCUCAAUAGAAGUCUCGCAAAUAGCUAUGAUACUAAGCGCCUCCUUCGGCUGGAGACGCGCGGUUAUCCACUUCUAUUUGAUUGACAUUCGUAAAACUGAUUUUUUUAUAGUGUCUUUCAUGAAUACGCUCUGAUGGACUAAUAAAACAAAUCGGUCGGUAAAAAGAAGCAACUCUAGCUCACACAUUCUGUUCCGUUCAAAGUCAGUGAAUGGUUGCCGGUGAUGCGGCACGGUCCGGAUUAUUGCCUUCUGCCAAUAAUAGUCUACAAAUCCGUAUCGGAUACCAUCUUUGCUGCGUCAUAAUCAUCAAAGGAAAUCGGUAAUCUUUUGCCUCUCGAGCUCUUUAUCCAUAAAUUAAACAUGCAUGUGUUUCGGUCGGACAUGUGCUCUUUUGCACGUGUUGCACAUCAGUAAGAAGUAAGAAAGUUUUAAUCAUACGGUUUGGUUCAAAUACUUGAAAGGUAAUGAAAACUUCACCCGCAAAGAUUAUUUGCUAAUAUUCACUGAACCGGCAGUUGUCCGGUUUUCUCUCUUGACUUGGCUUUUGACUAUCUAAGGAAAAAACAUUUCUACUUCGACAAUGCCGUCUGUUCGAGACUGUUCAAAUUACUGUUUUACUAAACAGUUUACGGCUUCUUUCAUAGAACAAUAAUUUUGCCACAAUACCUCAACAUGCAUUGUUGCUACGUUUACAGAACGAACAUUUUCAUUUAUUAUUGGUUAUCUCAGAAUCCAUUCCAUACCUGUUCCAAGUAGUGUUUACGUAAAAAACUCUCGGUCAACAAAGGAUGGGCUUAGAGCACUAUUGAUUGAAGCGCGGAACGAAACUUUACGAGAAGGUUGUUUGUUUAACACGUAUUUCGUCGUAAUGUCUAUUCAGUAUCGGUUGCUACUAUGCAACACUUAUUGAAGAUUCUAACGAUUUUCGUCGAAAAUCUACUAUAUAAAAAUAAAAUUCCAUAACGCAGAUCUUAUCGAUAUUAUUUCCGCCGUUUCUGAGGUAUGAAGUAAUCACUACCAUUUUAAACUGUUCUGAAUGAAAAGAAGUAAGCAGUGACAUGUAGUUUUUAUUACAUGAAAAUGUUCGUUGAUUUAAGGAAAAUUGAUAAGUAUCUGAUUAGUAAAAUUUAAGAUUUUAUCACAAAAACUACAUGAAACAGGCGAUAUCUCCCAGCUAGUCUCGAGGUACGAUGCUCGGGAGAGACUGUUAGUGUCAGUAGAAUCGUAGCUCUAGCCCCGCAAUUGUCCUGUACACUUGACAGUCGGCUGCGAAGUCUGUGUAUAGUAAAACAGAAGGUCGAAUUCCGAUACAGAAUGUAGCACCAAGGCUUUGCUUUUUUUACAUGAAACAGGCAAAAUCAUGACUUUGUAUGCUCAGUUUGCCUUUAAAUUAAAAUUCAAGGCAAUGACAUGUAAUUAUUUUUGCACUGAAAUUUUGGUUGAUAUUCGGGAAGAACAUUUGAGGAAAAAUAUUAGAUAUCCGAUUUCAAAAAAUUAAGAUGUUAUUUACAAACCUACACGCAAAAGUUAGACUGUGCGUAACCACAUCAAUAUUGCGUCUUUUCAGAGCAUCUUUUGUCCUGUUUCGGAACCACUACAACGAAUGUGUGUUAACGCAUUUGGUGCUCUAGCGAAUGUUCAAUGUAUUGGACGGCUCAAAAUCAAAACACUUUUGAAGUAUUAAUUGGUGCUGGUAUUGCCCCAGGUAUAAAUGACAGUUCUAAAAGGUAUGCUACAUUUUUGUCUAUCCACGCAAACAAACAAAUCUCGUUAUGAAAAUUUUCGCGUUUUGCAUGGAAUUCGGAACAUUUUCGAAAAUUUCUCGUUUUAUAUUGUUUUAUAUUUGAUUUUUUUUGGUUGGAGAGUGAAUCUCCAGUUGAAACACACUAUAAAUUGAUAUUAUUUUAGAUUUAGUGUGAAAAAUUGCGACAAUAUGUCGAAAUAAAAUACUUAAAAAUGCUAUAUGUCUAAUAGUUGGAGCAUAAUCUUAGUCAUUGUCCUAGCUCAUGACUUUUGUUACUGUAUUAAACAUAAGCGACUCUAUUUAGAAGCGCUAUUAGAGUACAGGAAAAAAACGAAAAGUGCAAAAAGGUUACCGGCAAAAUGAUGAAAAACUGCAUAUUUUACCUAAACCCCAGCAUGUUUAUGUAUUUCUCACAAAUAAAACAUGUUUCAACAUCAUUUCUAUAACUAUUCAAGAAAGUAUGUUUUAAAAGUUUAGUUUAAAAUGUAAAAUCAUUUUAAAUCUCAUACAAAAUUGGAAAAAGUUGAUAACGCUCACUAAUACUAAUGCAUCGACGUGAAUAACAUACCUUCAAGAACUGUCAUUUAUACCUGGGUAUUGCCAUGAUGAUUUGUACUGGUAUUGGUAAUAUUUUUUAGAAUGCUGCUAUCGUUAAAGUAGUGCAAGCAGUAAUCAAUACUGAUGAUCUAGGUAAAUGCAAAUAUGAACUGAUCGAUUCACUAUCAUGAAUCCGGUCAUUCGAAAACAUACAUUGGCGCUUGCACAGCAGUGUGUGUAGUUAGGGAUGAGCAAUAGAAUAAGGCGGCAGCGGAAUGUGAUACGAUAUAGAUUGUGGAACAGUACCACCGUCCCCCGUAGUUUAAUUGGUCAAAACACCAUGCCGGAGACAGGGAGAUUGCGGGUUCAAGUCCCGUCGGGAUGCGGUAUAUUUCUCCAAAUCUGUAUCAUAUUUCCAGUUCGCUUAAUUUUCGUUCUCUCUACUUCAUAUACUGUCUGCUUAAUGAACUUGCGUGUUAACGGGAAAAAGCCGUUGUUAAAAAAUAGAAAUUCAGUUCGAAAAAUACAUUGGAUUUGUUUAAAACAUUUUGCAGUUAACAACGACUCUGGUUUUAUUCAUAUGCAUUCGGUUCCACGUCACUGGCACCAGCGUAAAUUCUGUUGCAACAGAGCUCGCCAUUAGCUGUUUCGGUUGCUGACGGUGAUUAGGGAUGCACGAGCCUUUGAUACGCACCGACUCGCGAAAGUAACCAGCGGUUUUUUGAGCACCCCAUAACUGAUCGUUUGCCCGAAACAUGUAAAAUCAUACAUGAUAAUGACAAACAUUUCAACCAAAUCUGAAUGUUUGAUUCGAAUGUAGUACACACAAAGUGAUGUUUUUAAAUAUCCCUAUUUGGCGUAAAAAAACAAUAGCAUCUCCACCCUAUUCUUACUUACUUUACUUUACUUUACUUUGUUGGCCAACGGACCGUUCACCGGUCUAGGGCCGAACGAAUUAAAGAUGUCCAGCUUCUUCUGUCUUGGACAGCCGUUCUCCAGUCUCCUCGUACACCAGCAGAUCGUGCAUCUCCUUCCACCGCGCACAUCCACCGCGUGCGAGGUCUAUCACGGAGUCUACGGCCUCUUCCUGGUUCUCUACUGAAGAUAGUUUUGGCGGCUCUCUCGUCAGGCAUUCUGGCUACAUGUCCAGCCCACUGAAGCCUGCCCCGCUGUAUUACCUUCACUAUAUCAGCAUGUUUGUAUACCUGGUACAACUCGUGGUUCAUGCGUCUGCGCCACACUCCAUCUUCUAGUUUACCGCCAAGUAUCGAUCGCAGAACUUUACGCUCAAAAACUCCGAGGACUCGUCGAUCAGCUUCCUUCCGCGUCCUUGCUUCAUGUCCGUAAAGGGCCACCGCGAGUAUCAGCGUCCUACACAGCGCUAGUUUUGUGCGAGUUUGCAAACUACGGGACCUUAGCUGGUUACGUAGUCCUUAGAAGGCCCUGUUCGCAGCUGCAACUCGUCGUUUCACUUCACGGCUCAUAUCGCUGUCACAUGUCACAAGCGUACCAGGAUAAACGAAUUCGUCAACCACUUCAAAUCGUUACCCAUCUAUCUCCACAUCAGCUAUCUCAUCCGCACGCACGAUUUUGAUCCCUCCAGCGUCAUACGACCCAGUUUAAUUAGCUUCGUAGGGAAACCGUGUUCCAGCAUGAUCUGCCACAGCUCGUUUCUUUUCACUGAGCCGUAUGCCGCCUUGAAAUCCACAAACAGAUUGUGAGUCGGUAAAUUUUACUUCCGAAACUUAUCGAGGGCCUGUCGCAGGGUGAAGAUUUGAUCCGUCGUGGAACGCCCCUGUCGAAAACCAGCCUGGUAUUGGCCAACAAAGGAUUCCGUUAACGUUCUCAAGCUUAAGAACAGGAUACGGGAGAGCACUUUAUAUGCGGAGUUGAGCAACGUUAUGCCUCGAUAGUUUCCACAAUCCAAUCGCUGACCCUUCUUAUAGAUAGGGCAUAUGAGGCCUUGCAACCGGUCGUUUAGCAUUUGUUCAUCCGCCCAGAUCUUUAGUAUAAUCUGGUGGAUCGCAUAGUACAGCCACUCGCUUCCCGCUUUUAGAGGUUCGGCCAGGAUAUACCGUCCUUCCCAGCGGCCUUGCCAUUUUACAGCUCACUAAUCGCCUUUUUCAGCUCCCCUUGUGUUGGUGGCUCCACAGCUUGUUCGUCACUCAUGAUCGUCAUCCUGUUCCUGCUCUGCUCAUCCGGCUCCUCACCGUUCAAUAGCGUCUGAAAAUGCUCCUUCCACCUGGCUACAACCGUCGCUUGAUCAGUAAGCAGGUUGCCGUCCUCGUCAUUACACAUGACCGGCACAGGGAAAUUCCUGCUUCAGACCCUGUUGACAGUUCUAUAGAAUGACCGCAUGUCGUUUUGAACAUAGCUGUCCUCUGCGCUGGCGAGCACCUGCUUCUCGUACUUGCGCUUUUUCCGACGGUGGGUUCUAUUUUCGGCAGCUCUUGCCCCCCUGUACCUCUCUCUGUUCUGACGCGUAGCCGCAGUGAGCAUGCGGCUCCUGGUACGGUUUUUCUCAUCUGUUGCUCUCUGGCACUCGGCAUCGAACCAGCCAUUAGGCUGUCUUCCACGCGUCGUACCAACCCCCUUUUUCGCACCAUUUAUGUCUUCCACUCCUUCCUCCUGCUGUUCUGCGAUCUGUUGUUCCAGCUCUCUGGCGUAUUCUGCUGCCACGCCAUCAGCCUUCAACCGCUGAAUGUUGAAACGCGUCGUCCUCUCUGUGCGAGAUUUCAGCACGACAACCGUGCGCGGAUCUUACAAACGACGAGAUAAUGGUCAGAGUCAAUGUUUGGUCCCCGAAAAGACCUAACAUCAGCAACAUCCGAAAUGUGCCGACCGUCAAUCAGUACGUGAUCGAUCUAGGAGCAGGCUCCUCUAUUUGGAUGCCUCCAGGUGUGUUUCCGGAUAUUCAAACGUGGAAAAUAUAAACUACAUAUGGCCAUUGGCCAUUCCUCUAGCCGCGGCAAAGUUUAUCAGCCUCAGGUCGUUCUCGUUGGUUGACGAGUGGAGGCUAUGCCUUCCAAUGACCGGACGGAAGAAUUCCUCCCUCCCAACCUGUGCGUUUGCGUCUCCGAUGACGACUUUUACGUCGUGUUUUGGGCACUCGUCAUAGAUUCGCUCAAGCUUGUUAUACAACUCAUCUUUGACUUCAUCGGAUUUGUCGUUUGUCGGUGCGUAGGUUUUGAAUAAACUGUAGUUGAAAAUUUUCCCGUUAUCCUCAACACGCAUAUACGGUCAUCUACGGGCCUCCACCGGAUAAUUAUUAAUUAUGGUUAUCAGAUUAUUAUUCCACUUGCGUGCUACACUUUCUCAAGCGAUUCAGGUAAUGUUCUGGUUCAGUUCGCAACCAGAGACGAAUGAUUCCAGUAAGAGAAUGUUACACCGGAGUAACGUGUACGACAUGAAAUGUCGCACAAACCCACCAGCAUGGAAUCGUGAGGCAUAACCUGUAUAACACACGCUCACGAAUACGAAAGUACAGAACAAUCUAGUUACAGUACAAGUGAGUUAUAAAAAAUACCAUUGCUAAUGAAAGUUGUUCAGUUUCCUGAGAAUAGAUGUAUUCGUAAGUGACCCAUCAUCGCACUAUGGUCGGAAUCGUGAAAUUUCACGGCAAAAAUCUGUAAGUCGGAAACCAUAGAUGCUAGAGAUUUCUUGUCUUCUAGAAAGUGCCUCUACUAAGAGGAUUCUAACUUUUGGUAUGACUGGUUACUAGGAUGGUCCUAUUGUACUCAAAAUAAAAAUUGUAACUUUUUUAUCUUAUGACAUAGAGCAAUAUUGUCUUCCACAAAAUUGUUGCUAAUUUAAUUUUAUGAAACUUUGUUAAAAAAAUUAUUGCUCUAUCUCGUUUUUUCACUGUUCUAGGGCAGUUUUUACAAAUUCAUUCGGGGUGGGUCUAAAAAAACACUUUUAUUGCUCUAGUUUUUUCAGCUUUAUUCGGAUUUGGGGCGCUUUUUCAUGCCUCAGAAGUCACUCGAAAAAAUCGAAUUGGAAUAACUAGAUAGUUUUGAAUGGUAGAUUAGCAAAUUUUUGUGUGAAAACUCCAAGUUUUUAAAUGCAUUUUAACCCUAAAGGGAACAAAAGUUGACUAAUUCUACAAAAUGGAUUUUGAAGGUGAAACUAUGUACUUUCAUCCUAAACGUGUUGUUGUGACAUAUAUGUGCAAACAAGGAAGUAGCGUGCCUCCAAAAAGUGUCACUUUAUAACGAAAAAAUACCUGUACCUUUUUUCUCUGAAAACUUAGCAAUUAUCUUUUAGUGUCAAAUUAUGCAGUUUUUCACGCCCUAAAAGUCACUCGAACACCGCUUUCAAAUCCGAAUAAAGCUGAAAAAACUAGAGCAAUAAUAGUGUUAUUUUAGACCCACCCCGAAUGAAUUUGUAAAAACUGCCCUAGAACAGUGAAAAAACGAGAUAGAGCAAUAAUUUUUUUAACAAAGUUUCAUGAAAUUGAAUUAGCUACAAUUUUUUGGAAGACAAUAUUGCUCUGUCAUAAGAUAAAAAAGUUACAAUUUUUAUUUUGAGUACAAUAGGACCACCCUAGUAACCAGUCAUACCAAAAGAUAGAUUUCUCUUAGUAGAGUAACUUUCUAGAAGACAAAAAAUCUCUAAAAUCUAUGGUUUCCGACUUACAGAUUUUUGUCGUGAAAUUUCACGAUCCCGACCAUAGUGCAUCGUGGAAGCACUGUAAUUCGAAUGUAAAAUCUGCGGUGAAUUUAGAAAUAAAUAUUUCGUGUAGGUAUAUACACUUAUCUUGACAAAAUCCGAUGAUUUUUCGUAUGUGCAGAUCACCAUUCUAGUCGCAACGAACUGUUUAAUUGCGCACCAUCAAAGCCAACAACGUAUGCGCAGACUUUUUCCGCUGCCCUCACAGAACCAAACAUAAGCAGACCCUUUCAUGGUUCUCUCCGCUUUCUGCCUCUCAGCAGAUGGUGCUGUCUGUCGGAUUAUACAAACUGGGCAUAAACCGAAAUAUUCUCAGCCACAAUUACAACAUAGAUUUCACAUUUUUUUCACGUAAUAUGCACUCCAUAAAGCGCGACAAUUCCGGACGCAACAUGAAAACCACCGACACCCGACGAGCGUCCGACCGGCUCUUCCAAAAACACUCAUAAAUUUCGAAACUAAACUCACUUUACGCUAACAUUUAUAGGUACAACAAUAUUAAACAAAUUUUUACUCGAAAUAUAAUGCGAGUGAAAUUUUUUACGUCCGAUUGCGGCCAUGGCCUGCUUCGAUUUCUAUUAUGCAUAUAUUAAAUUCUUAAUGCGUUUAAUGUCGUUUUCGUUUUUGCGGUGUAGCUACCCCGCGGACUACACUUUGUCCUAUCACUGUUUUUUUUACAUUUUCCGGACUAUCCCGGACUACCCUUUUUCUGUCCCGGACAGUCCGCGCAAGAAACAGAGUGCAGUUUUGAAGACACCAACACAUUCACACGUAUGUGUCAAAAUAAAAAAAAAUGUGUCAAAAUCGGUUUGCUUUGAUUAUCGUUCUUCGCGUGUCUAACAUCAGGUUGAAUUUUAUUUAUUUUAUUUUGUUAGUUUGUAAUUUUUCAGUAAAUUGGCAAAUUUUUCGUACAGCAGCACAAACGCGAUAAAAGACAAUGGCGAUAAUGACCAAAACAAAAGUGACAGCUACCUCUGGUAUUAUACGCACACCAUUGCAACUGCUCGGAAAGUGUUUUUUUAAGCUGCAAAACGUAGUCCGGGACGGGAUAGUCCUGCCGUAAAAACGAAUUCGACAUUAGUAAGUUUGUAACAUCCUCUGUUCAUGGAAUUCACUCUCAUCAGGAUGCACGGUAUUAAGCUAAUUUUAUUUUGCUACCGUAUUCCGCGCUUCAGUUUAAUAAUCUUUUUCAAAUUUUAAUAAAUUGAUAUUUCAGUUAUUUUAAAAAGGUCGAUUAAAUGCUAUACACACUUUAAAUUUAUUGCCGGGUCUCGGUAAUUUUUGCCGAGAACGGCACCACUGAGUACUUGGUUAAAGCAAUAAUGACAGCUGUCACAUUUUUUCGUAAAUCUCGGUUCAACCUAACUGAAAUUUGGGCAUAAAAUAUUACCGAGCUCUCACUACCGAGAUUACGGAUAUUUUGUGCCGAAAUUUCAGUUAGGUGAACCGAGAUUUACAAAAAAUGUGACAGCUGUCAUUAUUUUUUUAACCGAGCACUCAGUGGUGCCGUUCUCUGCAAAAAUUUCCGAGACCCGGCAAUAAAUUUUAAUUGUGUAUAUCUUACUCAUCAUACAUGUUCACUCGGAUUUUUUUUCCUAUUUCAUUGUGUUUGCUUUAAACUAAGUUCAGUUUAUCAAAUAUAUCUAGCGUAUCCGAUUAUUUUGCGUUAGGAGCUAUUGCAUUUGUUAUACGCUGUCAGAUUUACUAUUACACCUAAUGAAACCAUCUCAAUUCAAUCAUUUAAGUUUGCAAGUUGAAAGGAAAUGUAAAUGGCAGUCCGCAAAGGCAACAACCAACAAAUGCACUAUAAAAAGUGGUUUUCAACUUUGAGCAAAAAAAAAAUCUAAACGAUAAUCUAUGAACAAACAUAAACAAUUCCAUUCUCUAAUAAUUCACUCUAUCAAGUAGGUAUAAAUAAUAAAAACAUGCGUCAAUUCAUAGCUAUAUAACAGACUAUCACCCCUAAAAAUUUGCCAAUAUUUCAAACUUCCGGUUCUCGCCACAGAUAAACAGAACGCUUACCGACAAUAUUGAAAAAAAAAAAUCCGUCAAUAUUUCGAUCUUGCAGAACGCAAAAAUUAAAAUCAAAACGCCUGAAACCAACUGUAACAGUGAAGAACGUCAGUCUAUCUCAGAGUGGUGAAAUUGUUUCUCUUGCAACCGAGCAAAACCCCGCUACAAUACUAGUAAAUAAGCGUAAGUGUGCUUGUACAUAUCGAUAGAUGUUCUUGCAUAAGAUGCACCUAUAAUGUCCCAAUUCCAGCGUUAAAUCAAUGAUCAAACCAAAAAGUAUCUGUCAAGCAAAACACAGCGUAGUUUAUUCUAAUUUUUCAUAAGAAUGAUAGCAACAAAAGAGUGGAGGAUUAUAACGGAGUGAAACAGCAUGGUCCAAUUACAUAUUCCAAUAAAGCUGAACAAUGUCAAACGUAAGGUGGGCAUUUGAAGCAUCGGAGAGUGAUUGUGAGCACAUCAUUUGACAAUCAACACUUUUAGCUCACUCCAGGUUUAUUCCAGAGAAUACUAUUAUUUGCUCAAAUCGAGAGUAUCCGGUGUACAAAAACGAAAUUGAAAUUUACAAAAACAAAAAUGGCACAACUUUGAUUUUAUAUGUUUUUCUUUUUCGCUGUUUACUUUCACUUGAAGAAUAUGCAAACUGAACAGACACGUUUUCUAGAAAGUUGCUCAUUUAGCCAAUAAUCAGUUCAUUCUAACAACGGCUGAAUAAGCAAUGAUACAGCUAGAGAAACUCAACCGAGUAAUUAAAACAAAUUUAGGACAAGCACGUUUUUAUUUUUCGUUCUAAAUCGCAUCAUAGUAUUAUGAGUGGUUUGCAAAAUACAAAAAAGGAGAUUUUGUGAUAAACAAUAAACGCGUAAAACCACCGAAAAAGUUGGAAAAUGUCGUUGUGCACGAAAAUGAUGAUCAAAGACAAAAACAAUGCGAAUAAUAAUGCAAUGUUCGGAAGUUCUAGGAGAGAGAAAAAAUCAAACAUGAAUCUGCAGAAAAACAAUUCAAUGAUAUUUUAAGUUUAGUAAAGCGGGCAAUGUAUGUAGUUUCGCGGGAAUGCGAAGAUGAACGGGAAUAGAAGGUGUGACUAGAAUUAAAAAAAAAAUUCCCUCGUCCAGAAUUUUUUUUCUAAUUCUAGUCACACCUUCUAUUCCCGUUCAUCUUCGCAUUCCCGCGAAACUACAUACAUUGCCCGCUUUACUAAACUUAAAAUGUAAGUCAAUAUGACAAAAAAUGAAAUUAGUUCGUAAAGUAAAAUUCAAUGAUAUCAAAAAGGUUAUAAAAAGAAACUACAAAAACAAACCAAUCAAACAGUUUUUAAACUUUCUCAAAUACAUGAUAUGGAGGAGCACAGUAACUGUUUAGAAAGUAAUUUUUAUAAUUGCGAUUUUAUAUAUUUUAGCACAAACUCAGCGAGCUGUUUUCGAUUUAUUGAAAAAAAUAUCACAAUUUGAAAUAAGGUGCAAAUGAGGUUUAUACAAUGGAUUUUAGACUUUGCUGAAUAAAACAACAACCUUUGCAAUCGUUCGGUGUGCCAUAUAUUAUUACUAAUAAAUCUCGUUGGAGAUCUAGAGUUUAAGCUGCACGUCACAAUCACAACACUACUUUUUCGACGUUUACUUGCUGUACAAUUAAGCGCUGAACAAGCAGCAGAUAUCACUCCGUUUACAAAUAGACUAUCAAUACCAAAAAAAAAAUAAUUCCCAUAUACAACCGUAUAGUUUCACACUCAGCACAUUUUAACUGUGUUACUGUUUGACUCUGCGUAUCGUAUGUUAACAUUAGAUAGGAAUCGAAACCAACUGACAAUCCACAUAGAUUUUCUAUAUCAAUAUAUCUAACGUAGAGUAGAAUCCUAACCAUAAUGUAGUAAGUAUUCGUCAGGCAACACGUGUCCCAUUAUGUCCAUUUGUAUAUCCGUUACACAACUGCCGUACGAUGAGAAUGAUGAUAAGGUUGAUGCCGUGAUAAGCAGGUACAAACGAACUCUUUUCCAAUUUUCUCCCCUCCAUAGAGAAAACAACUGGAUUCUAUAAUAGUCAGUAAAUAGAAACUUGUUUCCAGGCUGUGAUAAGAACAUUGGUUAGACUCUGUACUUUUUGUUGUGAUUUGGGAUCCAUGCUACGAGUUUGUCGCAAUUGGAUAACAAAACGUCAUUGAAACAUUGUAUUCAACUUUCAGUAAUCACCCAAAUUGGCAUCAGAAAAACAGUUUUUCAAAAUCAAUAUAGACCAUAUCAAGGCUAUUUAGAAGCAGAGGGAAAACUUUACAAACUUAAUAGAGGGAUUUCAUGCCAAUUAAAUAAGCCGUUGCCAAACUUUGUGAGUUCCAUAGAUUUAAAAAAAAUCAUAAUUAAAAAUGAAUGGUUUUGAUAAAGAUCAAUUUUAAUUUUAGAGCUCAAUGUUUUCCAGUGUGAAUUAAAAAAAAGUAAAAUUGUUAUAAUAAAAUUUGAAAAUUCCAUUUUAGUUCAAAAUUUUGUAUAUUCUACAGUUAAAUAAUUAGAAGAAAAUUACAACUAAAACCUUUGGGUCCUCUAAAAAAGAACGUUUUUUGAGAAAUCUCUAGUAUACUGAAAUCUGGCAGAGUGUUGUCAACUACAGAAAUAAGUUAGCGUGAAAUCCCUCAACAAUGACAAUCUUCAAAAAAACUAAAUUAUCACGACGGACUUUCGUGAACAAGAAGUACUUUUUAAUACAGUAUGCACCACUGUUUCCAAAUUUGUAAAGAGAGGGAAUUUAUAAUCUCCUAAUCUAAACAUUCAAAUACAAGUAAAUCAAUGUUAUUCUCUAAGAAAAGUAUUACUUUUACUAGCUACAUACAUCUGUGUUGAACGAUCAUAGCAUUUACCAUUGUUAAGAUGAGUAUCAUAUAACAAAGUAAUAUUUACAACCAUAGUCUAUUUUAUAUAUUAUAACAAUCGCAAUACCAAUGGGAUUCAUACAUUUUAAUUACCUUCUGAAGCACACCAAAGAAGCAGAAGCUCAUCUUCGUUUUCUCAAUUUGUGCUGAAAACAACUAAUUUCCUGAAACUUCACUGAUGUGUGCCGGAGAAAAACAAGACGAGAUCUAGAUGUAAAUAAUCGUGUUUUGCAAUAGCACAACAUUUCAAGCUAGAGUAUAGUAAAAGCAUAUCGCUGCGGAACGUUCUGAGCAUAGGAGAUAAACCUAUGCACUAGUCGCCAGUGAGAACUUAUAAUCGAAAAAACAACUUGAUGUACACGAACAAUACGCUAAUCAAGACACUCUUCAUUAUCGGUAAACCAGAAAUAAACACAUUGUGAACAACAAACCGAAUUGUACUGUAAACGUGGUUAACUAUUUAAGCUUAAGUCGGAAAUAUAAACUGCAGACACCAUGAUAUUGAAAA